CGCCGGAUGUGACGUGUGCCGCAGCUGUCGGAAAGGCAGAGCGUUUCUGCAGAAUAACAGAAACAUUAUCGGCUGUUAAACAGCGAUGUAAUGCCCUGAUCAUCCUGGUUCCGAAAGAGGGAACACCCUGGCUACAGGCCUGCUGUGACCAUGGCCUCAGAACUCCAUGAAGCAAUAUUCACAGCCAAACAAGAGCGACACAAGAACCUUUUCCUAAACUAUAGGAACCUGAACAUCUUUCCCGUGGAGCUCCUUAAAGAUGAGGGUUUGCAGUUCUUGGAAAGGCUCUACAUGAAACGGAACUCCCUCACAACACUGCCUGAUAAUCUGGCACAGAAGCUUCCCAACCUGAUUGAAUUGUAUCUACACUCAAACAAUAUUGCCAUCAUUCCACAAGCCAUUGGGAACCUCGCCAAACUGCAGUCUCUGGAUCUGAGUGACAAUGCACUGCAGGUGAUCUGCCCAGAGAUUGGACGGCUGAGGUCAUUACGGCAUCUGCGAUUGGCCAACAACCAGCUGAAGUUCCUUCCACAAGAACUGGGUGAUUUGAAGGAGCUGGAGACUCUGGAUGUGUCCAUGAACCUUCUGAAGACUCUUCCAGAGCGGCUCGCCCAGUGCCUGUCCCUGCAGUGCCUGACCGCUGACCGCAACCGGCUGCACUGUGUCCCCCGGCAACUCUGCCUACUGCCUGACCUUAAUGAGCUCUCCAUGGCUGCCAACUGCCUGACCUCGCUGCCCCUGGAUCUGGGGCGUUCCAUGGAGCUUCAGUUUGUGUUCGUGGACAACAACGUUCACCUCAAAGGCCUGCCAUCUUACCUGUAUAACAAGGUCAUUGGCUGCAGUGGGUGUGGUCUGUCCCUGCAGGUGUCUGAUGUGAAACAGCUGUCGCUGGCCCUCGGAGAGCUAAGUGUGCCUCUGCCUUCAGAAGUGAAAUCUAUCGGCUCAGAGGCUGACCGGGUGCUGACCCUAGAGGAGAUGGCCAUGAGGACACUGCACGUAGCAUAUAGCCGGCCCAGGAAAGAUGCGAAGUUCUUGUCCCCGUUCCUGCUGCCCAACAGUCUGCUGGACCUGCUUCAGUGUCCACUGGGUCACUGCCACCGCUGCAGUCAGCCUAUGUUCACUAUUGUCUACCCCAAGCUUUUCCCGCUCAGAGAGACUGCGCUGGCUGGAGUACAUGGAAGAACAACAGUGAGUUUUGUGGCUUACUGCUGCUCCAGCCAGUGCUUGCAGAUGUUUGACCUGCAGGGCUGAUGAGCGUCUGGCCAUUCCCCAGUGUCAUCCUCCAUGGUGCUCUCCUAGUCAGAAAGAAUGGGACAAUAUUAUGACUCUGAACUGAUAUUAAAGUACCUGAAAACUAAAGAUUCACUACAGACUAACAAAGAACAUGGCUCUUUCAAGGCCAGGGCAGACAGAGAGGUUUGACCACCCCAUCAGAGUAUACUAGGCUAUUCAUCAGUCAGUAUGGACUGUUUCUUCAAAUUUUUUCAAAAUCAAUGUUGAGAGAAUAGCUAAGAAUGCUUUUAUUUUUUUUUAGGUGGCAAAGGCUGGUGCUCUCCAAAAUUUUUCAUCUUCAUAAUCAUCAAACUUGUAGAAAGAGCAGAGCUGUCAUGAUGAGAUGUAUUUUUGAAUAGAUAUUUUUACUUGAAGGAAUUGUUGGGGCAAUUUUAGGUGAUAUUUUUCAUAUAUUACUAAAAUAUUUAUUCUUCUGGAGAAACUUUUGAAUAGUGGUUUUCAUGACAGGUGAACCCUUAAAAAUCUAGUUUGUUAUUAAAGACAGAAUUAAAAAUGAUUUCAGUUGAAUAUUCGCUCAGAGCGGACCAUAUGGAUACAGGCAGAUUAUUAACUUGCAGUUAAAUGUCAUUUAAAUGUAAGUUAAAGCUUAUACAGGCUAUUUAGAGGAAUUCCCCAGCGUUAUCCAAACUAGUCUCCGUUCACACUUAUAUUGUACCCUCAAUUACCACAGAGAAUGAUUCAGACACGUUCUUGUUGACUCAAAACUGGCCGUAUGGCAGUUGCUUUGAGGGCCCAUUUCAGUGAAAACUGAAUUUUUUAAAUACAGCACAGUACAGGGCAGCCAAUCAGAUCAGAGCUCAUUUUCAUACAUCAGUAAGAGAAGCAACCUUUUGAAUUCUAAAGGAUAAAGGGAGGUGGGAAAAUGUAAAUAAAAAUAUGGCUCAUUUUGGAUCAUGAAUCCACAAACCUCUUCUAAGCUGCUUCUCCUUCUGGGUUGCGGGAGGUGCUGGAGCCCAUCACAGUGGUCAUCAGGCGGAAGGCAGGAUACACCCUGGUUAGGUCGCCAGUCCAUCGCAUUCCAUACAAAUGGCUUAAGGAAAAUAUAUAGGUGAGACCGAUACAGCCAACAUAAAACACAUUUUUCCCUCUAGAAAAAUUAUACAAAUUAUACAGAAUUACUAAUCACUGGUGUAUCUCCAAAAUAGUAACUUUACAGGAGAAGGAAAAAAUACUUUACUUUUGAUGUAAGUCAAUGGAACCAGACAUUUUACCAAGUUCAUCAUGAAAUCUACAUAGAAUGAAAAGAACAGGCAUUUUCAAAUGAUGUCAAAAACAGAAAAACAACAGAUAUGGACUUGCAAAGUUUUGUUCCGACAGCAGCGAAAUACAGAUUGAUUAGUUCAUGUAGAAAGUGUUUUGCAUAAACAUUUACUACUGGAGUUCAGCAACUUGCUUCUAUUAGAAAUGAGUUUUGAGUCUUCUUUUCUAAGUAGGGUUAAAAUUGCUCUUGUAAUCUAGUAAACCCUCCAAAUGUGUCAAAAAGAGAUGUGUUUGAAGAAUUGCUGGCGUAUUCCUUUAAGAACACGGGUCUAUAUCUGCAUCCAGAGCUGUUUAACCAUUCAGGCAUCUGUGUGCUUUGAAUCUGUGACUCAGCACAUGUGGUUUGUGUCGUUCAUCUUUGUUGCUGAAGCUCUCAGUAAGCAUGUCCAACAUUGCAGAGUGUGACCACUGUUAAAUGACAUUUGUCAUGGUCAUGUUUCCAGGAAUGUCUAGGUAUCUGUAGGCAUGGGAACAUAAAUAAACCUAACUGUUCUAAUAUUGA